CUUGGCCAGGUACAGGCGGCGGCACUGAGGACACUGGAGCUGAUGCGCUCACGGGCUGGGGCUCGCGGGGAGUGAGUGCCGCGCAGUUGCCACCCCUGCCGCCACCCGGAGCCUGCCGCCGGCCAGUCCCCGCCGUGUCAGGGCGGCGCAGCGAGGGCGGGCAGCCAGUCCGUGCGCACCCGGGAGCCAGCCCGCCUCAUGGCCACCAGGGUGCUGACCAUGAGCGCCCGCCUGGGUCCCAUGCAGCAGCCCGAGGAGCCGGUGUUCGCGCAACUUAAGCCCGUGCUGGGCGCCCGGGAGGCAGCGAUCUUCCCUGGAGAGGAUCUGAAGCAGCCGCCCCAGCAGCAGCAGCAGCACCCGGGCGGCGGCGGCGGCGGCGGCGGCGGCGCGACCCUGCCGGCGGAGGAGAUGGUCCAGACAAGAUGUGAAAUGGAGAAAUAUCUGGCACCUCAGCUUCCACCCGUUCCUGUCAUCCCUGAACAUAAAAAAUACAGAAGAGACAGUGCCUCAGUUGUAGACCAGUUUUUCACUGACAGUGAAGGGUUGCCUUACAGUAUCAACAUGAAUGUCUUCCUCCCUGACAUUAGUCACCUGAGAACUGGUCUGUACAAAUCUCAGCGACCAUGUGUGACCCACAUCAAGACAGAACCAGUCACCAUCUUCAGUCACCAGAGUGAAACUACUGCCCCUGCCCCUCCCCCUACUCAGGCCCUUCCUGAGUUUACCAGCAUCUUCAGCUCUCACCAAACUCCUGAUGUGAACAACAUUUUUAUCAAGCAGGAGCUUUCUACUCCAGAUGUUCAUCUUUCUGUAACACCCCAGCAAGGCCAGUUAUAUCAGCUCUUGAGCUCACCGGAUUUAGAUAUGCCCAAUACGACUACUCAGGCAGCCGUAAUGGACUCCCUUAACAAUGUUUCUAUGCCGUCAGCUAUGGCAGGCCUUAAUACACUCUCCUCGGCUGUUCCACAGACUGCAAUGAAACAGUUCCAGGGCAUUCCCCCGUGCACCUAUACGAUGCCAAACCAGUUUCUUCAACAACAGGCCACUUACUUCCCUCCUUCCCCCCCAAGCUCAGAGCCUGGAAGUCCAGAUAGACAAGCAGAGAUGCUACAGAAUUUAACCCCUCCGCCAUCAUAUGCUGCAACUAUAGCUUCCAAGCUGGCAAUUCACAAUCCGAAUAUACCCGCAACACUGCCAAUAACUCCCCAGAAUAUACAACCAGUUAGAUACAACAGAAGAAGUAACCCAGAUUUGGAGAAAAGGCGUAUCCACUACUGUGACUAUCCUGGCUGCACAAAAGUUUAUACAAAAUCUUCUCACUUAAAAGCGCACCUGAGAACUCACACUGGUGAAAAACCAUACAAAUGCACGUGGGAAGGCUGUGACUGGAGAUUCGCUCGUUCGGAUGAAUUAACACGCCACUACAGGAAGCAUACGGGGGCAAAGCCCUUCCAGUGUGCUGUGUGCAAUCGCAGCUUCUCUCGCUCUGACCACCUGGCUCUCCAUAUGAAGAGACAUCAGAACUGAAGCUGGACUUGUCAUUGAGGUAGUUUUGUAUCUAUGCAAUUUCCUAUUGACUCUCAAUUCAUACCUAAAAUUAGUUUAAUUUUUGACUAUGGAUUAUCCAUUUAAAAGAAAUCUCAAAAGAAACUGGAAAUGUAUAUUUUGUAUAUUUAUGCAGAAAAAGGGAAGACACUGUAUCACAAUACCAGAGUGUUCAGUUGGGUUUUUUUUUUUUUUGCUCUCAUGAUGUAUAUGGCUUUAGUCAGCAGGUUUCAUCUCUUUGCAAGUAUUACGUCUUGACACAUUGCAGCGUUACACAUUUUUUUCUGUUGCAGUGUUUUGACCAAAGCACUGUCAUUAUUGUGACAAUGUUUAGUAAAUGAGUUAAUUAGAGGCUACAGGUGAAUGAACGCAGUGGAAAAGCCAUGAAUUGUAACCCAUCAGGUUUUUACUGGACGUAUUUAGUAUUUGUGGGUUUUUUUUAAAUGUUAAGUCAUUCUGUGGAGGUAAAAUACAUAGAAAAAAAUCAUAAGCAGCCAUAGAACAAAACAUUUUGUUCUGUAUGUUGCAUGUUUGCUAUGACAAAGAUUUUGUAAAUAUGCAAAUCAGCUUUUUAAGUUUAAUACAAAAGUUUUCUAAAAAUCAUCUGAAAAAAGCAGUUGUUUUACAUUUGAUAACACAGCACAUUUACAAACAAAUUUAUUUAAAUACCUCUCAAAACAGUACCAACUUAGCUUUAUUUUUCUCAGAAGAAAUGAGCUAAGCAUUCAGAUGUUUUGUACCUGUUAACACAAACAGUGUGCACUGAAUAUUCGAAGCAGGAUUUUGUUUUCAAAUUGCUUAAAAGGGCAAAACAUUUAGAAUGAACUGUAAAGUAAAUGUUGGAAGCUUAAAUAAUGGGGAUAGUUACAAUAUUCAGAAUGUUAAACCUCUUACUAUAAGCUAAACUUAGUAUCACUUUAAAAAGAAGGAUUUAGGAUGCAGUUUUCAUAUAUGGACAUGUUAAGCUGGUUCAGCACCAGUAUGAUCCAGUUUCAUGAGGAUAUUGCAUGUAAUUUACUAGAAGGUAGAAGAUACAGUAAUUUUAUUUAAAAUUACAGUGCAGUUUAGUUGAUCCACUGUUCAGAUUGACACAUACAGGGCAAAAUUUACUGCUGACAUGAGUAGUUGAAACUCUUCUGAAGUCAAUGAAGUGGUGCCCUUUUAUGCAAGCGAUGACUUUGAUCCACAGUGUUCCGCCUUGAAAUAGUAAAUGAAGGGCCAAAGAUGAGGUUAUACUGUGUAGGAUUUGGCCAGGCAACAGGAGAAAAACAAACAAACCUAGUAAGUGUCUGGAGUUAUAAGCCGUAAUAUUAAGCUGUCAACCAAAGGAUAGAUUAAGAAUCAAAAUACCAAAAAAGGGUCUUGCAGAAAAACCUAACUUUGUUAAAACUGUUGUUUGUCUUUAUUUAUUUGUGGUAUACAAUAGACUCUUUUUUUAAGACAAUUUUACAUAUACUUGAUAAAUUAUAGUUUUGUUUGUUAUAGUUAGAAAUGUUGCUCUUAAUGUAAAUAGUUGACAAAUGAUGUAAAUAAUUUUGUAAGGCUUCAAAUGUUUAUACGUGGAAACAUGCAUAAAUUGGUUGCUGUUUUGCUUCUUUUGCCUCCCCCUACCUUAUUUUUGUAUUGUGGUAUUUCUUAUGCAAAUGAUGGAGCAAACAGCUGUAUAGUUGUAGAAUGUUUUGAGAGAGAAUGA